UUUAUGGGUAUCAUUAGGCUGUACGGGAAGUUGUCUAGGUCAUUUAAAUAAAAAUAUUUUUGAUUUGACCACUUGUCAAUGUGGUGAUUUGUACAUGGACUUGUUUGUUAUUUAUUACAUUAAUAUAUUUAAAUACGGGUUUUAUUUAUUAAACUAAUUUGCAUUUACAUGAAACUGUAGACAUUCCAGUGAAUUUUAUUGUAACCGUUAUUAGUUUUAUCUUGACACGAAUAAUAGCACCAGUACCAGUUGUCUUCGGGAGAUUGGACGUGAUCGGAUUAGUUUCCAUGGCUGUGAUAUGGAAUAACAAGCUGAAAUGGCACACUGGCUACAGUGCCGAUUCGGUCGAAUGGUGUCCUAUUGACGGAUAUCGCAAUGUGCUGGUCUGCGGCACGUAUCAACUCGAGAAAAAGGAUGAAGUUGAACAAUCAUCAAGACAGAUCAGGCUCGGGAAAAUAUACCUGUUCAUCGUCAAUAAGGACACUACUGAAUUAUGCCCCAUUCAAACCGUGGAUACUUCUGGAAUAUUAGACCAGAAAUGGUGUUACCAUACAAUCCAGGACUACCCAGUUUUGGCUGUAGUCACAUCGCAGGGAUUUAUUGAACUUUACCGCUUAGUUCAGGAGGGUACCAUAAGUCUGAAAUUAUGGACAAAUUUAAGUCUCGGUCAAGAUAUUUUAGCUUUGUCGGUUGACUGGUCGACAAAUAAAACACCGUCUGCGGAACCUUCGCUGGUUGUCAGUGACUCGUUAGGUGGAAUUACCGUAUUAAAACUUAUAGUAGACGGCUUACAGAAAAUUGGAAGUUGGAAAGGUCAUAAUUUUGAGGCGUGGAUAACUGCUUUCAAUUAUUGGAAUACGAACACAUUUUAUUCAGGCGGUGACGACUGUAUUUUCAAGGUAUACGAUAUGAGAGUAUCUGACGACGCAGUUAUUGUGAAUAGAAGACACGAAGCAGGCGUCACAACUAUAAGAAGUCACAUUGAAGUGGAACAUCAAUUACUGACUGGCAGUUACGAUGAAAAAGUACGUUUGUGGGACGCAAGAAAUCUUAGGCAAAGCGUCACUGAAACCGAAGUAAAUGGCGGAGUUUGGCGCCUAAAAUUUCAUCCUUACAAACCCACUACGAUUCUGGCAGCUUGCAUGUACGGCGGGUUCCGGAUACUGCGAUUUGAGGAACAAACACUAAGUGUUGUUUGCGAGUACCUCGAACAUGAGAGUAUUGCGUAUGGUGCAGAUUGGCAGUUCGAUGAAGAAUCUUUAGUUGCUACUUGUUCAUUUUACGAUUGUAAGUUACAUAUUGGACAAAUUAUAUUCUGAUUUACUA